ACACAGGGUGGGGUGAGAGGGAAAACAUGGCAAAUAUCCGACCCAGGACUGCAGUUAACGGUAGUUUAGACCGCUGACUUGAAAGCAAGUAAGAGGUCCCUUGUACUUCCACCCGUUGGCUGCUUGUUUUCCGUCCUGUUGAUCUGUCCAAGCGCGCACGCCGCGCAGUGAUGCAGAGCCAUGUGCGCCAAUGUGUACCACCACACUUUGGAGGAGAGCAGCGGUUGUUUUUGUUCCUCGUCUGCUCUAGAUUCUGUACACUGGGAAGUAUGUUUCAGAGUAAGUUUGAUUCUCUUUGACCUCUUCAAACGUUCAGUCAUGUGUUUUUUGUUUGUGUGUUGUCCAGAAAACUCCCCAAGGGAUUGUACACAACUGUUAUGACUCUUCUCAUCUGCUAAUUCAUAAUUAUUUGUCUAGCUAAUGUUUUUAAAGACAGCACAUUUUAUGCUUGUACCUGCAUUGAUCCAGAAAGAUGAUUUUACAUUCACUCUUCUGACCUCUCCUGGUUACAACUAUUCAAUGAUUAUUCAACUAUUCAGCUGGUUGCAAGUAUUCAAUACUACAUGUCUGUUUUUGGCUCUAUGUUUAUGAAGUGUUUAUCACUUACAGGAUAUGCUAUGCAUAGUACAUUCCUUUGGUUAUUGAUAUAUAUUAGUAUUUCUUGUUAUUAUCACUGUUGACAACAGUUGUGCUGCUUAUUUUUGUGGAAACUGGUACAUUUUUCAGAAGUUUUUGGUGAAUAGAAAGUUAAAAAGAAACGCAUUUAUUUGAAAUAGAAGUCUAUUGUAAUAUUGUAGUGUCUUUGCAUUAAUUGCUUAAAAAAUACAUUAACAAAACAUCUUACUGACUGGUAAAAAAAUCUCAUUUUUCAAGUUUCAGAUGUACGGCGGUCUGUUGAGUCUUUAAUUUGAAGACUGAAAGUCAUCGCAUAAAUUCUGACUGGUUUAACGGACACAGAUUGAGGUGACUCUAUACCAAUCAAGCCCACCACAAAGUUGUUUUUUCCAUGUCUGAUCAUUUUUGCAGUAAAGUAAUUGCUUUUGCCCCAUGAAGUAGUUUUUGGCCCUCUCUCUUGGAAUUAAUGAAGACACACUGUGUUCCUUGCCUCCCUUUGGACCAGACUAGUGUGUGUGUGUGUGUGUGUGUGUGUGUGUGUAGUAACUUGGUCACACUCUGUAUCAUGGAGUGUUUAUGUGGCAGACUCAGACAGGCUCUAUUUUCUUUAUUUUGCUCUUACUCACUAACCAUAGCAUUCACACGUUCAUGAGGGUGAGCAAAUGAUGACAAGAAUAUUAAUUUUCUGGCUGAAAUAUCCCUUUUAUCUCAGAGACAUAAGUGAUACAUUUUAGUAUUUAAUCAAAAGCACCACAAUGUCAUUUGAGAUUUUGCUUGAUGGCAUUUAGAAGCUCAUUAUAGAUGAAAGCAAGAGAAAAACAGCAAGUAAAUUCGUCCCAAGCAGAGCCAGAGAGAGCAAAACCAGCUGGAACUGGACAGAAAAGGAAACAAGAGGCUGAAAGGAGUGAGAGAGUGAGGGAGAGGAUGAAGAGAGGAAGCAUCUUGUCCAGCAGAAGUCUAGAGAUGAGUGAAAAGACUCCACAUUCAGCGGCCGCUCCUGAUGGUGGAUGGGGCUGGAUGAUCGUGGCCGGAUGUUUCCUCACCACUGUUUGUACACGUGCAGUCACUAGGUGUGUUUCCAUCUUUUUUGUGGAAUUCCAGUCAUACUUUUCCAGAGAUUAUUCUGCAACUGCGUGGAUACACUCUCUGUUGGACUGCACCACAAUGUUGUGUGCUCCAUUGGGUAGUUAUAUAGGGAACCGCCUCUCUUCUCGUAUAGCUAUCAUGAUUGGUGGGCUUCUUUCCUCUGCCGGCCUGCUGCUCAGCUCACUGGCCACCAGCGUGGAGUUCCUGUAUCUCACAUUGGGUGUUCUUACAGGUGUGGGAUUUGCUCUCAGCUACACUCCUGCAAUUGCCAUGGUGGGUUCUUACUUCAACGAGAGAAAAGCGCUGGCUUAUGGGAUCGCCAUGUCAGGCAGUGGCAUCGGAACCUUCAUACUAGCACCCACUGUCCAACUCCUCAUUGAGUUGUUCUCCUGGAGGGGUGCGCUGCUCAUUCUGGGGGGUUUGGUGUCCCACCUGUGUGUCUGUGGAGCACUUAUGAGGCCUUUGGAAGGUCAAAGCAGGAGACAGAAAGAGAUGGACUUGGAGGGUGGCAAAAAGGUUGACUUCCUAAAUGUGAAACUUGCUGAUGCAGGGCACAAUAUGGAAGUGAGUGCACUGGAACAGAGAUCGGUGGAGGUAAAACUUACGGAUAUGGAAAUGAGAGGGGAAAAUGAACAUGCUGAGAAUAUGAAGAGUGAUGGAAAAAAACGGAUGGAGUCAAAGCCUUCUGAUGCAAAGCAAACACACUCCAAUGUGGAAAUAAACCUUAGACAGGAAGACUCGGAGGACUCAGAGACUGUGACCAGAAGCACAGAUGAAUGGGACAAAGAAUCAAAGCCAAAGUGCUCAGGUACAGACAUCUCAGUCCCAGCUUUAGUACAAUCAGGUGACUUGCCUUUGGACUGUUUGCCCACCAACCAGGAGGAUACAACUAUCCCAGAAUCAAACACUAACCACAAUACUUUGGUACAGUCAAAAGUGGCAAACACAAACUUACUAAAGGAGUCCAGGGACAAUGUAUGGUCUAUCAUAAGGAAAACAGUAUUGAGAGAAUAUUCCUUCCUGUUGAUACCAGACUUCUUAUUGCUGUUGGUGUCCUUCCUGUUCCUUGCAUAUGGUUGCAGUGUGCCAUUUGUUUAUCUCGUGCCAUAUUCCCUGAGUGCAGGCGUCAGCCUUCAACAAGCAGCAUUACUCAUGUCCAUACUUGGAGUGUCAGGGAUUGUCGGUACCAUCACUUUUGGAUGGAUUGCAGAUAGAAAGUGUUUGAGGCCAUAUAGGGUGGUGAGUUACAUGCUGGCUGUGGGGUCAGAGGGGCUGAGUUGUCUGUUUCUGCCUCUGCUGAAUGGUUUUUUCCUGCUCGUCCCCUUUUCUCUCAUCUACGGCUACUUUGAUGGAGCUUACGUGGCACUUAUUCCUGUGGUGACCUCUGACACCGUCAGCUCCACCCACUUGACCUCAGCUCUGGGAGUUGUUUACUUUCUUCACGCCAUCCCCUACCUCAUCAGCCCACCUAUUGGAGGUUGGCUAGUGGAUCAGACAGACUCCUACACAGCUACAUUCUUCCUCAGUGGAGUCGCUCUGAUCUGCAGUGCUGUGAUUCUGGCUGCUGUGAGAGUUAUCAUCCGUUGCACUAGAGGGAGCUCUUACUUAAACUGACUCACAACCAGGAGAUUUCUAAAGCAGCAGAAAAAUACUGCAAUAUUGAUGUCAAGAAACAUGAAAGUGCCCCUCCGGAGUUAAAAAGGGUUUUUAUGUGUUCCUGAUCUGAAGCUCUCAUCAGUCAGAUUGAUGGCCACAAAUACAAGCUCUUUUAUAGCAUUAAUGAACACAGAACUGACCAAAAGAACACACUGCUCUACUGCUCAAAUACAGGAAUCAUGUUCCAAUUGGUUAAAAGCAUUUGGCGAAUUAAAAGUGAAUGUACAAUUUCUUGAAUUUAAAGUGCUAGUGAGUUGCUAGUCAAAUGCUCUAAAUAUUUUAAUGUGUUUGCUACAAGGGAAACUUGUUUUGUAUUUGAUACUUUGUUAUUUUAAUGUGUCGCUCUCAGCUGAUAUGUGAUUGGCUAGUCAGAGAAAUGAACAGACGUGCUUUGCCCAAUAGUUACAUGCACGCUGCUUCAUUCACAGCUCAGUGUUUUUAUAAUGUACACUACCAUUCAUAAGUUUGGGGUCUUUAAGAUUUUAAUGAUUUUUUAAAAAGUCUCUUACGCUCAUCAAGGCUGCAUUUAUUUGAUCAAAAUACAAUAAAAAAGCAAUAUUAUUACAUUUGAAUUUUUAUUUUAAUAUAUUGUAAAAUGUAAUUUAUUCUUGUGAUGGAAUAAUUUGCUGAAUAAUAGUUUUAAUUUCCUUCAAAACUCCAAACUUUUGAGAAGACGUAUAUACGGCUACAUACACUACUGUUAACUUCACUGUCCUAAAAACAUUCUGAUCAAAUGCCAUCCUUUUUAAUGUCAUAAAUGUACAUUUUUUUUAUGUUAAAUGUUUUCAAUUGUACGUUUUUAAAUAUGGCAAAAAUAAUUAUGGAUCAUUCUACAAAGCUUUCUUUGUACUUGGAAAUUCUGUGCGAGCCAUUCAGAGAAUGCCUUGGUGAAUAGAUUUUAUGGAUGGAAAAAAUGGCUAAAUGUCAGGGAAACAAGAAUAAUAUGAGAUGCUAUAUGUAAACAGUAUCAGAUAACCUGUAUUUCAUAUAAAGGUCAUGGACAAUAUUCUCUCUUUGAAAAGAAUUAUGGGUAUUUGACAAGAAGAGAAACAAAUGAAAGUACAUCAAAUACCUUGUGAC